AUGUUUCAAAGGCGUGGCACCUAUCUGCAACGCCUCUCGAAGCUGUACUCCGACACCAAGCAAUCCUAUGAAAGUGCAAAGGUUGCCACCAACACCACUGACUCACCCGAUGUCAGAGACCUAAGGCGCGAUUUCCAGAUUCAGCAGGACAGAUUAUUAGCAUGGGGCAUGCACUGGACCGACGUAGGACCCCAGACCCCAGGUCAGAUCGAUGUUGAUAUCGACAAGAAAAUCGACCAAGCCGGGUUGGGAGAAGUCGUCGCUAGUGUCAUGUCGGAGAUCAAGCGACUGCUAGAAGAAAGUGGCAGACUCGAGCAUCCGGAGCGAUAUGAGAUGAAGCAGACAGGAAAGUCCAUGAGGGGGCCCGGCUCCAGUCCCGUGGCUCAACGUAAGGACUGGACCAGUCACGAGGUCCAAACUGGAAGGACUUUACUCGACCAGCUGACCAACUGCAUCGAUGUCCUCUACAGUCUAUCUGAGUCUCGGAUGAAAGGUGAUGAGGAGAAAGGCGAUGCUAAGCGCAUGAAGCACUCCCAUCAGGCCUCGGAUGGAACCGACUAUGCACAUCUAUUCGAUCACCCCCUACACAUCGACUUUGCGAGCCUCGAGUUCAAUGCCUAUUUCUCUGAGACAGCUGACCCACCUCCAUAUGACCCCAAGGAAGGAUCAGCCGCCUCACGAGAAAGGUCCAUCGCAUUUUAUCAUCCCACCAACCAACCCGUCCUUGUUGAUUAUCUCACUGCUGACUGUCCUCCCUAUGUCGUCGGAAGCGCAGAUGAUGUUUUCGAGCUUCACGAACUUGGGGGAAACCUAUGCAAGGAUCGGAGUCUGUCAUGGUGUGGACAUCUUAGACUACUCGGUUUCACGGUCGACCCUAACGGCCCUCGUUGCGGUAUGGUAUACGGUCUACCUGAAGGACACGAUUCCAAGAACCUUCAACACCAGCGCACACUAGCAUCUUUGAUCUCCAACUCCAAUACUCAAGACUCUGCCCAACCAGCACUCGAAGAUCGCUUCCGACUGGCCUAUAACCUGGCUCUCUCUGUCAUGGGAUAUUUCUCUCAAGGCGAGACUCAUCAAUAUAUCAACAGCAGCAAUAUCAUCUUGAUUGGUUCCAACGACCAAAUGCAUCGAUCCAACUCCCCAAGGGAAAUGCGGUCGCCGUAUCUGCUGCAGUCAUGUCAAGACUUUGUGUCGAGACUACAAGAAGAAGAGCCUUUUGCGGCUUCCAUAUAUCGGCAUCCACAACACGAUAUUCAUGCGGCCGAAACCGUCCCAGCCUACGAUAUCUACAGCCUUGGCUUGCUAUUACUCGAGAUUGGCCUCUGGAUUCCCUUAGCCAAACUGUGGAAGCCAAAGUACAAUCGCGGUAUAUUCAUGGAACGAGUCCAACGAAUUUAUUCUCAAAAGCUAUCACCAAAGUGUGGUAGCAAGUAUAUGCGGGUGGUACAAAAAUGCUUGCAAGCCCCAGCAGAGCUUCAGUACAGAAACAAUUAUGAGGACGCUGGAGCCUUUCUCCUACAAAUAGCAAAAGAUCUUCAACAAUGUUGUGUACUUGAUGAAGAAGGGCCACCGCCUGUCUCUGACAUUGAAGUCUUCGAGCUUCUCAUCAUCGAGCAAAUGUGCAGGGCUGAAGAAUUGGCUGCCGCCGAGGACAAAAAGACAGCUUUUGUUUCAGACAAGGCCGAAGACAGACCUGAACUUCCUAAGCGCGCAAACUCGAAGCGCAAGGCAGACGCAAUCCAGCAGAAGACCGUUCCGCCGCAGGUGCCACUCAAGAAAUGGCCAGACGUGGAUAUUCCCCAAGCCGAUCUCGACGAUUGGAAUACCGUUGUCAUGCCGAAGUUAGGCAAGAUGCUUAACACAGCAUUGAAAGAUACCCCUGAGUCAUGCAGUCUUAGUCUGAUGAUGUUUGGCAGCAGCCCAGAGAGUGCAAAGACCACAAUUUGUGUGCAGUGCGCACACAUCAAUAAAGUUCGCGACGUCCUUCGAAAAAGAUUUCGACCUAAGAAAGGUUGGGGUGUGGUCAUCCUUAACGGUGAGGUAAGGAGAAGUGGGAAAAGGAGACGCCCCAGAAGAUCCGCCUAUCAAUCCAAAACUCAGAGUCGCCGCACCAUUGCUCGCAAGCCGAGAGAACAAAAGUACCAAGUACGUCCAUCAAGUGGAGCAAGCAUCGGAGCGUUCAAAGACCAUGAGCACCUUCCUCCAGUAUCUUUUGGUGGCACUAUCCUCGUCGACGGUGACCCGUUCGGUUUAACGGUUCAUCAUAUGCUCGAUGUUCCUAGCGAUGACGAAGACGAAGAAGACGAGCUCCCGGCUCAAGAUCAACCGAGAAGAGCAGCAGCUCCUGCGCGGACCAUACCAGGGCAAUUUGAUCCAUCAGCCGAUGUACGUUUUAUGCAAUCUGAGGAAGAUCUCUCACGCUUUUCGGACUUUGAAAUUUCUGACGACGAGUACGAAGGCAGUGACGAUGACAGCGACACUAGCACCAUCCGUCCCGACUAUGCCAUCAUGGACGCCGACGGAAACGAGUUCUGGUUCUUAGAAGACUCCCCUCCCGAGCUCGACGAAGACAACUCCGAUGACGAUGAUGCAUCUUCCUCGUCAUCUGAUGAUGUUGAUGACGCUGCAUCGAUUGGCGACAAAGUCGGCAUCGCACCAUACACUGAUGAUGACUACUGUGUUACUCAACCUGCUAUUGAUGAUGUAGACGACGACUUCUUUCCCAGUGAGGAAGAUAGAGACGACGACCAUCUGGCCAGCCAUUCCUUUGGGUACGUCUUUGCGACCAGUGGUAUUCGUCGCGUUAGGAGGGGCGAGAUCAAACACGAAGUGGAUUGGGCUCUCAUUCGUGUCCACGAAGAAAGAUUGAAAGUCGAAAAUUCGAUGCGCGAACAAUCUACCCCUUCUGGCGCAACACCUCAACAAGCCCAAUCGACUACCCGCGAGUCCUCCUCAAGGCCCACUGAUCCCAACGCUCUCCCAGUUCUCACUUCGGUGACUCCCCUAACAAAACUCUCUGGUCUGCAUGUUCAUUGUCGUGGGCGCUCCUCGGGCUUCAAAAAGGGGCGCAUUUCGCAGGCCAUGGCACUGGUCAAGCUACAUGGCCGACAAUCCUUUAGUACAAGCUGGUGCGUGGAAGGCGGCUUCGGGAUCCCCGGUGACAGCGGCGCAUGGGUCUACGACCCUGUAUCUGGCGGACUCUGCGGUCACGUCCUUGCUUGGGGCGACAAGAGCAAGACUGCAUACAUCGCCCCGAUGGAGGUACUAUUUGACGACAUCAGGACCCGUCUUGGUGCAAGCACUGUUGAACUGCCUGUGCCAUGUAGAGCUAGGGUCGGGGCCAGCAAGCUACCAUCCGGGGUAGGACAGGACGAGUGCAUGGCCAUGCGUAACAGUGCCUCAGCGGAGUUGGCCUUGAAACUGCGGAAUCUGAAGAUCGAAGGUGCCAGCAACGGCAGUAGCAAUACCUCUGGAGGAGCUUCGAGUAAGGUAGGGCCCGCUCAGGGAGCACUCUCGGGACCGGGUGGCAAUGGCCCAAGGAAGAAACAGGAGGUCGUCGGCGUAAGACCGCUGUUCAUGGCUGGUACUGUUUCUUGA